UACAAAUCCAACGAACAGACCUGCACCUGCACCAUCUUUGAUAUCGGUUGCACACGCCGCUGCCUUCCGUCAGAAAUAAAUACACAAGGAUAUUGACGGAUAUAUAAACAAGAAAAAUAAGGAAGCCGAGGGAAGCGGACGAAGUAACGCGAAUGGAUUUAAAGCGCUUCGUUCUUGAAUCUUGUUUUAACUCUCGGGAAGAGACGUCGAUCAGAUAUGUAACCUGUGUUGCUCGAUGAGUCAAUGUUUAUACCUGAGAUGUAUCAUUUCGACACCCACUGAACUUUACCAAUUAAGCAAAUGACUGACUCUACAGUAAACCUGGAUCUGUUCACUGCUGCUAAACAAUUGGCAGACAGCGAGAUCGAGCUGAUAAAAGUGAUUGAGAAUUCCAGCAAGUGCCAAAGAACUGCCGCAAACAUGUUCACGAAUGCGAAGAAAACGAAGAAGUCUGGGAAAUCAAAAAAUGCUCGUCCAUCCGCAGCGUUAUUGGCUGCCAAGCAAGAGGCAGCGAAACGACAGCUGUCCGACAAGAAAUCUAACACCUUUAUACCAGAUAUGUAUCAGAGGUCGAUCGAUGCGUAUAAAACAGUACGAAAGGAGACUGGCCUCGUGUUUGACCGGAGCAUGGCCGAGCACGAGUGCCUCUGGGAUCCUAAUUAUCCCGAAUGUCCAGCCAGAUUUACACGAGUUUUGCAGAGAUGCGAGAAGCUGGGCCUGGUGCAGAGAUGUAAACUCGUCGAACCGAGACAUGCCACAGAGAACGAGCUCCUAACUAAGCACAGUCAGAAGCAGAUUGAUAUUUUAAAGGCGACGGACGGCUCUACGGAUACUGAGAAUUUGGAGUUGGUGUCGUCCAAGUACGAUUGUGUCUUUAUCCACCCGUCUACGUAUAGAUUGUCUUUACUAGCCGUGGGCUCAACGAUCAAUCUUGUAGAAAGUAUCUGUAAAAACGAGAUACAAAAUGGCAUGGCUAUUAUCAGACCGCCUGGUCAUCAUGCAAUGAAAUCAGAAUACUGUGGUUACUGCUUUUUUAACAAUGUAGCUUUGGCAGCAGAGAAAGCUUUGAGUUCUGGUCUGGCGAAUAGGAUUUUAAUUGUGGAUUGGGAUGUUCAUCAUGGGCAAGCGACGCAACAAAUGUUUUACAAUGACCCACGUGUAGUUUACUUUUCGAUACAUCGUUACGAAUAUGGCGAGUUCUGGCCCAACUUGAGGGAAUCUGAUUUUCAUUAUGUUGGAGAGGACCUCGGAGAGGGUUACAACUUUAAUAUACCUUUAAAUAAAACCGGCAUGACUAAUGCCGAUUACAUUGCAAUAUUCCAGCAAGUUUUAUUGCCAAUGGCGUACGAAUUUCAACCGGAUUUGAUAAUAGUAUCAGCUGGUUACGAUGCAGCUCUAGGUUGUCCAGAGGGUGAAAUGCUGAUAACUCCGGCAUGUUAUUCGCAUUUACUAUCGUCAUUAUUAAGUCUGGCAAAUGGAAAAGUCGCCGUGGUUUUAGAGGGCGGUUAUUGUCUGAAAUCAUUAGCGGAAAGUGCAGCAUUGACUUUAAGAACUUUAUUAGGCGAUCCAUGCCCGAUUUUGCAAACACUUGAUUUACCAUCAUUGAGCAUACGUGAUACUAUCCUGAAUGCGAUUUACGCACAUAAACCAUACUGGAAAUGUUAUCAAUACCAAGACACACACAGCAUCAAUAGUGUAACGCACAAUAAAGAGGAGAUUGCUAACCGGCAUGUAGUUAUGGUUACGUACAAAGGUAGUGAAGUUAAACUAGACAAGUAUGACACUCGAAAUUGCUAUCCUAUACAAAGCAAAGAAACAUUAGAAGCUGUGGAAAAAAAGUUGAACAAUUUAAUACUAUUAACAAACUUACGUAAAGCACCUCAUAGAGUAUGUAUCGUCUACGAUGAAAAGAUGCAGAGGCAUACCAACAUUUCCGACAGUUCUCAUCCAGAACAACCAAGUCGCAUUUCCAGUAUUUAUAAGAAUCACGAAGAACAUGGCUUAUUAGAACGAUGCCAUUUAUUACAAGGAAGGAGUGCAACAAUAGAAGAAUUAUCUUUGGUCCAUUCAAAAGACUACAUAGACGACAUAAAAAAGACGUCGAUUUUAAAGCUCAAGGAAUUACAAAAGCAAGCCUCGGAUUACAACUCCGUUUAUCUUCAUACUGAAACGUGGUCAAGCGCCUGUAUAUCAACCGGCUCUCUUUUACAAGUAGUGGACGCGGUUUUAAAUGGGGAGUGCCAAUCCGGAGUGGCUAUUGUAAGGCCGCCUGGACACCAUGCUGAAAAAGAUAUUGCAUGUGGUUUUUGUAUAUUUAAUAAUAUUGCUGUGGCCGCGAUGUACGCUGUACAAUUUCAUCAUGUUAAGAGGGUAUUAAUAGUGGAUUGGGAUGUUCACCAUGGAAAUGGGACGCAAUCUAUUUUUGAGGAAGAUCCAAAGGUUCUUUACGUUUCCGUUCAUCGUUAUGAUAAUGGGAGCUUCUUCCCAAAUUCCAAGCUCGCUAAUUAUACGAGCGUUGGUUUAAAUGCAGGCGAGGGAUUCAACGUGAACAUACCGUGGAACAAAAAGGGAAUGGGAGAUGCUGAAUACGUAGCGGCUUUCCAGCAAGUUGUGAUGCCCAUCGCUUAUCAAUUUAAUCCAGAACUAGUCCUAGUUUCGGCUGGAUUUGAUGCUUGCAAUGGUGAUACACUUGGAGGUUGUCUCGUAACCCCAGAACUCUACGGUCAUUUAACCCAUGCGCUCUCAUCCCUGGCCAACGGUCGUGUAAUUCUAAGUCUCGAAGGAGGUUACAACAUCAACUCCAUCUCCCAUGCGAUGACUAUGUGUACCAAGGCCCUCCUGGGCGAUCCUUUGCCAAUGCUGGAUCCUAAUCUCGUUCCCUGCACAAGCGCAAUCAAUUCUAUCAAUAACGUAUUAAAAACUCACAAGAAAUUCUGGCCCAAUUUGCAAUAUGGAAUGUCCUUGCCGAAAGAGAAACUACUUCCUAAAGUUAAGGCAAUACCUAAUAAGCUCGAGGAGCAAGGAAGAAACGCGGAUAAAUCGAAACAAACGGAAUCGAAAAUCGCCUUGGAGGGAAUCGAGAGCGAGAAGCUGGAGUUGAAUCUGGCGAUCGACAAGAACUGCUUGAAUCUAGUGACGGACGAGGAGAUUUCUAAGCUAACAUGCGAGGUGGAGAAUAUUAAGAUUAAAAAUUUGCACGCGAUGAAAAGCGAAGCGGUCAAGGUGGAAAGAAAUGCCGAGUUGAAGCAGAGCGAAGCGAAAAGUCUCGAUGUUUCACAAAGUGUACAAAAAUGCGUGAACGAAACGAACCAACCAAAAGGCAGCCAGCAAGGAAGUUCUAACACACGCGAGGAUGGCGAUGACGAAGAAGCGGCAACAUCUCUACAGCGUGAGACCCGGCCGACAACUCUUUCGGAAUAUCUUUCUGAUAAUCUUCAGGCUCUGACGGCGGGAGAAAUGUUUGCGGUCGUGCCUCUGCAAGACUGUCCACAUCUGUUCACGGUCAACGAAGUUCCUCCGGGUGGAAUCGAUGUAACUGCUCCGUGUGUCGAAUGUGCCAGCACCGCAGAGAAUUGGAUUUGCUUGCAGUGUUACACCGUGCAUUGCGCACGCAGUGUUAAUCAACACGCGAUGCAGCACGCAGAGGAGUACGAGCAUCCCCUCACGCUCAGCUUCAGCGAUAUCUCUGUCUGGUGUUACGGUUGUGAAGCUUAUAUCGAUAAUCCUCGAUUAUAUGCGGCAAGAAACGCGGCUCAUCAAAGCAAGUUCAAUGAAGAGCUUCCCUGGACUUAUAGCGAAAGUAGCACAAACACACCUUAAAUAAUCAAAGAAAUAUAUUUUAAAUAACAAAAAAUAUAAAAUGUCUUUUAAGAUUUGGUUUUAAACUUGAUGCGUUACUAGAUGAAAAUCUGAAAGAUAAUUAAUAAAUAAUUUCACCUAAAAAAUUUAAUAAAUAUAAGCUAACUGAGAAUACACUCAUCCCAUGAUUUACGCGAUAUUUUUUAUACACGCUAGUCCCACCAUUUACGCAAUACUUUUCAUAGGCGGUCAGAAAAUAUCUUUAAAAGAGAUAUACUUGUAACGAAACUUAAGUAGAAGUACCAAAUAUUCCUAGUGAUAAGGAUUACUUUAUUUUACUAAUUAAAAAGUGACUACUGUAAUUCGAAGUACAGUACUCACAGCGACAAAGAAAAAAUUUUUAAUGUUUUUCCAAUAUUUUAUUUGUAGUUUUUGUGCAAAUAUGUAAAAUACAUAUUUUUACAACACGGAUUUUUCUCUCACAUUUCGUACUAAUGGACUCUUCAUUGUUCUCAACCAUGUAAUAAAAAAACAUGUGGAACAAAUACUCCGCGUAGAUUGCGGGACAAGUGUAUUUGUCGCAAUGUAAUUAAAGUCUAUAGAUAGUCUAUUGAUAUUAAUUAUCUUUGCGUUUUUAAUUUUGAAUAAGUUAAAUCAAAAACUAUAAUAAAAUUAAUUUUAACAAUUUUAUUGAGUAAAAUGCUCAAGCUGUAUUCAAACAUGUAUACGUGUACUGUAUAAGAACAAAGAACAAUUUCUCAACUAAUAGUUUCUCAUAAAUGAAAAAUGUUAUCCUUUUAAAAGAGAGAAGAGAAAAACUCAGAUAAAUACGUAUCGAAAUUGCUGGAAAUAAUUAACUAUAAAAAUGUUAACAAUAUACUGAGAAAUAAUUCACUAUUAAUGCCUCACUAAUAAUUAUUAGUUGAACCAAACUAAAAAUACCUCGUGUUAACUCGAUUAGAAUUAUACAUAGUGUUCCGAAAAAAUUUCAGCGCUCAGUAAAUAGAAAAAGAGAAGAACUGUUAUAUUUCCAAGUCUUUGUUUCUUUUGUCAGUAAUUCAACUAUUUCGUUGUUUUAUAAAAAUAUGUAAUAUUCCUCACUGAAAAUUUUCUGGUGCACUAUGUAUAUUAUAUUUUUCUAAAUACAAAUAUAUUUAGCUAUAUUCUAUCUUACGAGAGAAUGAUCUCGGUCUAAUAAUAGGCCUACUAAAAUCACACGACAGAUGGGAUAAUAAUAAAAAUACUAAGGCUAAGCAUCAUGCGAAUUCUAUCGGAGAACAAUUAAAUUUUUGUUGUGUGUAUGUACUCUAUUUAGUUUUUUAAUAAAAAAUAUUCAUUCCAAUUUUCAAUGUUCUAAAAGGAAAAGAGACGGGAAGGCAGUAAGAGGAGGAAGACGUAAAUUUCUUUUUUUUUUAGAUUUUAUUUGCGCCUUCAAUCUUGUUUUUCUUGUAAAAGAACCCUUUUGAUCACAGAUUCAGAGAUACUUAAAUAUCUACCUUAUUAAAUACAUUAUACUUGUCUUUUCUGUUUAUACACACAAAGUCUAAGCUCUCAAAUCGAACGAAAAAGUUAAAAAUAAUCUUCAGUUACUUAUUAGUUAACAUUUUAUGUUCAUUUAACAUAUUUAUGCUUGUUAGUUACUGAUUUUUACUUAAAAUAUCAUAAAUUGUAUAAUUUAUAUAUCUUGUGCAUAUAGGAAUUAUAUGUAACAAGGAAAAUUAUUCUCAUCGCCUUCCACUUCUUAAUACUUGAUUCUCGCAGAAUAGAUUGCUUGCCUUUACUUAGGAGAGUUCUUCCCUUUGUGUAUUAUAACACUAUCAUCUGUAUUUUCGCUGUAGUAAAAUACUGCAUAAAAUAACAUUUAAAUUGUUGUUUUAAUAAAAUGUAUUUAUACACAGAUAUUAUCUUUUGUCAAAAAGAAGCUGUAUUAAUAAUUAAAAAUAAAAGUGCAAAAUUUUGUAUUUAUA